AUGGAGAUGCACGACUCAAAAUUACGAUCGGCGCUGGGCUGGAAAGCACAGAUUUUCCUGUGCACAAUUAAUCGUCCUACGUCGACAACUGCUAGAUCCCCAUGGGAGUUGAAAAAUUUGUGUAAACGCGUUGAUCACCACCGGGCCCUCAACCGAAUGGUGGACGAAGAAGCCGAUCUUAUACGGGAGUUGACGCGCUUAAACUUAUUUCCGCCAAAUUUGCUGAUGAGCGAACUAUGCCGUUUACGAAUGCUGCAGGAAUAUUUGCCCCGCACGCUGGCAGACGUGUUGUCGGAGCGAUAUCGGAACCAACAAGGGCCACUGGAACCUGCAAAAGCGAUGAAAGUUGUCGUUGCUGUGCUGGAAACACUUCAGCACAUACACGAAAACCUUCAUCUGAUUCAUGGCGAUUUGAAAUCUUUCCACAUCAUAAUGGAUAAUGAUUUUCAAAUGAUCAAGCUAUCUGGAUAUGGCGCCAAGUCCAAAGUACUAAACUCCAGCGGUAAUUACGAGCGUGGCUUCAAUACAGACGAAGCACGAAACAUCGGGAUUGGUCUAUGGACUGCACCGGAAGCUUUAAGUACUAGCACAGUCUUGAAUUGCAAGGUGGAUAUAUUUUCGCUCGGAAUGGUGGUGUAUGAAAUGUUAGCCUGCAUGCCGCCUCACACGUUUCCGGGCAUCAAGGACACCGGCAUACUAGAAACGGAGGAGUUGCUGAAAACGGUCGACUUCUAUAACAAAGAACGGGCUGCUUUGUACAGAGCGCAAAACCCAAGAAACAAACCGCGAUCAGUAGCACGCAAGUCAACUGCACCAUAUUGCCCCCAACCGAAGUCUACAGUGAUGCAACAGAAAGAGAAUCUUCUGCAACGAACAAAUGAAGAGCCGUCAACAUCUUCGCGUACACAGGAAAACAGAGACAUUCAAUCCAUAAUAAAGGCUCUCGAUAAGAAAAAGGGACAAUCGACAUCGACUGCCGGAAAAGUUGCGAAGGCUACACAAACGGAACCGAGACCUGCGGAGAAACCUGACUGUCUGAACUAUGCGGCUCUUGGGAACUACUAA